CUGGUCCGAAGAGAGAAGGUUGAAAAGGUGAGGCCUCAAGAGUUCAUGAACUGAGUAAACUGCUGCUGAUGACACAAGUAACCUGAAUGCUGUACAGAAUAUUGGCAGGAGAUUUGAUGGCGAUUGAAGCUGGCGUUGGAGAUCUUCGGACAACCUUCACCAUAUCAAAGACAUUGGCUAUCUCGUAUUCGGACUUCUUCAGAGUGUCGUUGUCCAAAAAUCUUCAACAGCGGCAUCGAGAAGACCUGUGUCGAUCUAUCGCACAAAUGGCCGAUCACGGUCAGAUAUUAUCUCCAAACCCUCCAAAACAAACAAUGGGACUCCCAAGGAGAUCUCAUCGGCGACACGACGGAAGACGAGGAGAUGGAUACAAAAGCCUCUCCUAUGACUACGAUGGAAAAGUGUCAGGAUCUGCUGAAGUUGGCAGAAUAUCUCCAGACCAAGAGUAACGACAUCACAGAGUCUGUGUGUGUUGUUCUAGAGGACCUGAGCAGAAAUGCUAUGAAGCCAUGGGAGCUCCUGACUGUCGACGAUCUUGUUGGGUUUCUCGGUAUCAACAAUUAUGUCCAGGACAUGACGGGCAUAUGGAAGCAGCUGGCUCCCAUGGUUGCACCAAUUUUGGCAGCAACCGCGAUGUGGCGAAGAACUCUGCCGGAAUUCAGACACUAUUCGUCCCCCACGUCCAAAUUCGAGACUGUCACCACCGGAAACGUCGAGUUCGAGACAAUCUUGCAGGAAGAGAUAACAGCGAUAUUACAAGGUGCAUACUGGGCUCGAGUAGAGGGCGUUGGAUCACAGGGAAAUAUCGCUUGGUAUGUUACGGAUGCUGCUGGGAGAAAUCUAUGCAUCUUCGAAGACGAAGGAGUUUUCCGAAGCCUGUGUAUACAUCGUGGUUUUUGGUUACGACCAGAGUUCGUAACUCGCUACGAUCUGUGUAUUCCUCGACCUAAAUGAAUGAUUGCAUUGUUUACUCUCCUAUCAUUGAAGUGAAGGAAUGCCUACUUCGUCUCGCGCUCAACCAGAGACAGCCGACAGAAUCUCGGCCAUGGCCAUGCUAGAGUACGAGUCUCAACUGUUUCAAAGCUAAACCACAAGCUAAUCAGCAACAGCAACACCGCAUCA